AUGCUGCUUCUCCUCAUUGUUGCCAUCAUCUGCAGCUGCACAACGACGAUGGCUGAAGUCCGAAGGAAGGGUGGAACAAAUAAACUGUCGAAAAUUUUCAAGAAAGCAUUGCCGACAUCUUCACAGGCACCUUCUCGCGAUGAACCUGUCAUCAUCGUUGGCGGUGGAUUGGCAGGAUUGUCUGCAGCUCUGGAAGCGCUGAACCGCAACGCCAAGGUCAUAAUCAUUGAUGGGGAGAAGAAUCUCGGGGGAAACUCGGCAAAGGCUAGUAGUGGUAUAAGUGCAUGCGAAACGGUUACCCAGAAGAAGAUGGGUAUCCAGGACUCAAAACACCUCUUUUAUAUGGACACAAUGAAUGCCGGAGAUCGCGAAAACGACGAGACUUUAGUUGACUUGCUGGUUGAGUCAUCCUCCGAUGCGGUCGAUUUUCUUAUAGAACAUGGAGUUGAUUUGAGUGAUAUUAAUUUGUGCGGUGGACAUUCGGUGCCAAGGACGCAUUGGAUCCCAUCUCCUAAGGAGGGUCGACCUGUAAAUGUUGGCUUUGGCAUCAUAUCGAAGGCCAAGGAACGGAUCCUCGAAAUCCAAAAGGCUAGACCAAAUGACGUCACCAUCCUGACAGAAACACGUGUUGUUGGACUGACGUCAUGGAACGCGUAUGUGAAUGGAGUUAAUGUUGUUAAGGACGGGAAACGAUCAGAAAUAAAUGGAAAAGCGGUGAUUUUGGCAACUGGUGGAUUUAGCGCAGACAAAAACGAAGAUGCCAGCUUACUGCAUGAGUUCGCUAGCGAUAAGUUGAAAUUUCCGACUACUAAUGGUCCUUGGGCAAGAGGUGAUGGCGUGAAGAUGGCACGGGCCAUGGGAGCUCAGGUAAUCGGCAUGAACAGAGUUCAAAUUCAUCCAACCGCAUUCGUGGAUCCUGCUGAUCCCGGUGCAGGGACGAAAUUCUUAGCUGCAGAAGCGCUUAGAGGGAAAGGAGCAAUUUUGGUGAAUUCGAAAGGUGUACGAUUCGCAAAUGAACUCGGCAGACGUGAUUAUCUUACUGGAAAAAUACUCCAGGAAUGUAAACCAAUCGAAGGAUUCCAUAAUGGCUCCGCCGGACUCUCCUCAGCGAUAAUGCUGAUGAACGACGAGGCAGCGGAUUCAUUUGGGCGACCGGCUUUCACUUUCUAUCAUAUUGUCAAGAAGUUUUUCACGAAAUACAACACAGUGAAAGAUUUUACCGAAGCUUCUGGUAUUUCUUACGAGGCUUUGAAAGACACACUCCUGAGUUACAACAAAUACGUGACGGCUGGUAAAGAUGGAGCCAAAGAUAAAGACGCUUUCGGAAAGACUGUGUUUCCGGUCUCGUUUGAUGUAGAUAAACCCAUUUACGCAGCGAUUAUCACCCCAGCAAUUCAUUACACAAUGGGUGGCUUAAAAAUCGACAAACAGGCUCAUGUGAUUAAUGAGUUUACCACGGCACCUUUCAAAGGACUCCUAGCGGCUGGAGAAGUAACUGGCGGAGUACAUGGUGCUAACCGAUUAGCCGGCAACUCUCUAUUGGAAUGUGUUGUGUUCGGAAGAAUUGCAGGACGAAACGCUGCUGUCAUUGAUUACACUCACGAAGAGUUAUGA